AUGCCGAUCCUGCUAUUCCUCCUAGACACGUCCGCGUCCAUGAACCAGCGCACCGAGCUGGGUACCACCUAUCUGGACAUAGCAAAAAACGCGGUGGAGGUCUUCUUGAAGCUCCGCUCACAGGACCCAUCCAGCCGGGGAGACAGGUACAUGCUGGUCACCUCCGAAGACCCGCCCUACUGCAUCAAGGCUGGUUGGAAAGAGAACCAUGCCACGUUCAUGACUGAACUGAAAAACCUUCAUGCCUCUGGACUGACUACUCUCGGACAGGCUCUGAAAUCUGCAUUCGACUUGUUAAAUCUGAAUAGAUUGGUGUCUGGAAUAGACAAUUAUGGACAGGGGAGGAAUCCAUUUUUCCUGGAACCAGCUCUACUCAUUUGUAUCACAGAUGGAAAUAAGUUAACAAAUACUAUUGAUGUACAAGAGGAGCUUCAUCUCCCUUUGACUUCUCCUCUGCCUGGAAGUGAGCUAACCAAAGAACCUUUCCGCUGGGACCAGAGGUUAUUUGCCCUGGUGCUGCGUAUGCCUGGGACGUACACGCCUGAGCCAGAGCCGCUAGGGAGCGUACCAGUGGAUGAUUCUGUUAUUACACAAAUGUGUGAAGUUACAGGAGGUCGUUCCUAUUGUGUUAGGACUCAAAAAAUGUUGUACCAGUGCUUAGAAUCUUUAGUUCAAAAAGUUCAGAGUGGUGUUGUUAUUCACUUUGAAAAAGCAGGACCAGAACCCGCUUCCAUCUUACUGGGCAGGAAGGAGAGAGAUACCCACAAGUCACCAAAAUCCUCUGGCCAUCAGCAGUGGCACAGUUGCCGAAAGCUAAUUUAUGUGCGCCCUAACCCUAAAACAGGGGUUCCUGUUGGGCACUGGCCAAUCCCAGAGUCUUUUUGGCCUGACCAAAACUCACCCACACUGCCUCCUCGUGCUGCUCACCCUGUCGUGCGAUUCUUCUGUGUAGACUGUGAGCCCAUGGUCAUAGAGAAACUGCCUUUUGACAAAUAUGAACUUGAACCUUCACCCUUAACUCAGUACAUCUUGGAGCGCAAGUCACCUCUGACCUGCUGGCAGGUAUUUGUGGCUGGCAGCGGGAAGCACAGCGAACUGGAGCACCCCUUUGGGUACCUAAAGGCAAGCACUGCCUUAACAUGCGUCAAUCUCUUUGUCCUGCCUUACAACUACCCUGUCUUGCUCCCACUUCUAGAUGAAUUGUUCAAGGUUCACAAGCUUAAUCCAAGCCCGAAGUGGCGUCAGGAGUUUGACGAGUACAUAAAAUCCAUGCCUGCAUAUUUCCUAUCACCAUUAAAGAAAGCACUAAGGAUGAUGGGAGCUUCCAGUAUUUUAAUAGAAAAUUUAGAAUCUGGACUUAGUUACAGCGUCAUCUCUUACCUUAAAAAACUCAGCCAACAGAGCAAAAUAGAGGUGGAGAAAAGAAAUGCAUUGGUGGGGAAGAAACCUCCCUCUGAGGGCGGAAUCAAAGUGAAGACUUUCUUCGUUGGCUCCCCUAUGAUUUCUGGUGAUGACUCUGAGCCACAAGAGCUGCCUGAGUCCUCAGAGGAUGCUCCCGUUAGCCUGAUAGAAAUGAAUAGAAGACAAUCAUCCAGCUUCGAGUUAACGAUCCAAAGCAAGGACACAAAACCUCCUCAUCUGUACAAGAAUCCUUAUGAUAUUCCUCGGAGCUGUCUUUUAGACCAGUUAACUAGAAUGAGAGCCAACCUGCUUAACACCUACACAAAUGUUGUUGGACAAAAUGAAGAUCACUCUCAUAGUAUUCCCAUUACACAAAUGGGCAACUACCAGGAAUAUUUGAAGAUGAUGCCCCCUCCCCUUCGGGAGAUUGAUUCAGACCAGCCAAAAAGACUUCAUACAUUUGGAAACCCUUUUAAGCAGGAUAAGAAGGAUAUGAUGAUUGAUGAAGCUGAUGAGUUUAUGACAGGGUCUCCACACAAAGCUAAGCGCUCUGGAGAACGUCACUCUCUGGGAUCCCCGAAAAAAAAGCGAAGCUCGUCUCCAUCCCCUGGAUCAAAGAAGUCACAAACUGCAAGCACCAGUGGAAGAGAACAGUCAUCAGCCUCCUCAACGGUGACAUCUUCAGAUCUCAAAAAACCCGUUCCAUUAAACAAAGAUGCGAGUGUAGGUCCAGAUGACAGCGAAGAAAGGUUGGAAGAUGAUGAGUUUCCAGGUAGUUCAUCAUCACAGUCAGUUGAAGCUGUGGAUGAAGCUAGCGUUCUGAGAAAUGAUUUGGAUGCUCUGCUCAACGAGUUGAAUAGCUUGAGUGGUGGGUUAGUCUACAGAACCGAUGGUAACACAGUUGGUAGAGAAGCUGGAAAUUGCAGUCACUCCCCACAAGGCCAGAGUUCAGCAGCACAGUCGACUUCAGCAUCUGAGUCCAGUUCAGUGAACAACCCACAGGAGGAAAGCGAAGCUAGUUUCAAAGUUCAAAUACUGAAGGAGGUGCGAAAGCCCGGAAGAAAUUAUGAAAAGAUCUUCACUCUGCUUGAAAAACUACAUGGAUCUGUGGAAACCCAGAAACGUUUGAUUUUUAUUGCAAUCAAGGAGGCAGCAAGGUUUAAAAAAAGAGUUUUAAUUGAACGCCUUGAGACACUGUUAGAAGAAAUCCACUUCAACAACCUCCCAACGUAUACUGUUAAGGAUGACCAAGAAGACAAAACCACUGAUUCUCCUCCAAAGUAACAUGUUUGUGAAAUGACUAACUUGCUGCUCUCUUGUUCUAAUGAAUGGAUCCCAUGUGAACCUCUGCCUUUGCCUGUAAGGCAACUUAAUACCACAAGAAUCUGAGCACUGCUAUGAUAGCAUAUUAAUUUGACAUCUCUUGGCCAGCAGAAGCUGGGCCUUGUAGCCAUAGCAAUUUCCUUGGAAGGAAUGGGGUGGCUUUUUUGCCUGUGAAGGGUGAUGAUUCUUUCAGAGGGCUGACAAGUACCUUUGUGUGAAGUGAGUAGCAAGUGGCAAAGUUUGAGUCCUGCUCCCUACAGAGACCAUCUCCUUUCUUUGGAAAUAUGACCUAUCCCACUUCCAGCCACCAUGUAUUCAAAAGUUAGUGGACAUUGCCACAUCCCUAAUCUCAUGAACUAUUUGUUGUAUUUUUAACAGUCUUACUUUGAUGUUGCUUGUUUUUACUUUAGUUGUUUCUAGAUCUUUCUGUUCCUCUACCCACCCCACCUCACCCUCAAUGAGCCUUCCCUUAUAAGAAAAAAAAUUUCAGCAAAACCAACUGACAGGGGCUGAGUUGGACAGUGAAUGCAACAUUCCACCACACCCAUAAUCCCUUAUUUCUCCCAUGGAAAGAGAGGAGUUUAUCUUGGCCCUGCCCUUUAAAUGAUGCAGGUUUCUGGGUAGACUGAGUCAGAGAGUAAACAGACCUGCCAAUUGGGUAUUAAUGAAGAAGAAAGGCAGCUCUGAGACGCUGCAUCCCUGUUGCUUUUUUCUAGCACUGGUUGCAUCCCGUCUCAUACUCCCUGCCAUCUUACUCCUCUUCUCCUACUCAGUAGUCCAGCCAAACUGAUUUAUUUCCUAUUGUUCACACACAGUGCUCCGUUUUCCGUCUCAGUACCUCUACACUGGCUGGUCCCCCUGCCUAAAAUGUUCUCCCUCUUUGAAUCCUUCAAGACACAGCUCAAAGCCAGCCUCCUUCAGGAGACCUUUCCCAGGCACCCUAACCCCACCCCUCUGCCCCAGCCGCCAGUGUCUUUGCCGCUCAGGUUAUCUUGUACCUAUUCUAUAUGGAUCUUGUAUACACCGAUAUAUGUACAUUUUGUUUUUCCCAUUAGAAUGUAUGCUUUUGGAAGAUGGACUGCCCUUUUUUCUUUGUAUCCUCAGUGCUUCGAAGAGUGUCUAACACACAUCUGCUUAAUAGAUGUUUCUUGAUC